AUGGGCACCGGAGACAAGAAGACGCAUGGCGACAGCGCCGCCUCAGUGACGUCGACCUCGCCUUCUCCGAUGAGUACUCGUGAGACGGUGCUGCUCGAUGGCGCGGACAACUCGCAGGGCAACUGUGCGGUGCAGCAGCCCCAGGAGGACACGUUUCUGAGGCUGCUCAAUAAUGGAGGGGCCCAGAGCGGAUUGACCAGCGAUGCGCAGCGCAACCCGAGAGGCGAUGAGGUCGAACUGAAGGACCUGAACGAGGUCGACAGGAGCGGCGUCGGCGUCGGAGAUGAUCCGCACAUAGGCAGUUUCUCACGAAGCUCCGGCAAUGCCCUAGAUGACGGCAAAUACAGGUACGAUGUCUACGCGCCCGCUGGCGAGGGGGAGCGCCGCUCGGAAACGUCCACCUCACUGCGAAGUGACUGCAGCAGCUUCUGCUUUCAGCUUGGUGUAACGGUGAAACGGAUGCUCAUCCUGCAGUCCCGCAACCCCUUGUCGUGGGCGUGCGAGCUCAUCACGCCGAUUUUCUUUCUUGUCGGCUCCAUCAUCGUGUGGGCCGUCAUCACGAAGACCUUCGUCCCUGCCUCUGACUACUUCAGCGUGGCGGGAUUGUCGACGACGAAUAGGGUGAUGAUGCGGGCGGCGAGCAUGAUGUGCUACAACGCGACGCUCUCCGGCGGUGCCCCGUUCGGGGGCUUACUAGAGUGUCGCGAGUUCCUUGAGAUAUUUUCUCCGGUGAGGCUGUUGUGCGCUGAGAACAACCUCGCCGGCCCACCGGUUGGCCUCUGCGUGUCGGAGGACUUUGCUCGGAGCUCGUAUGGAACGAUGCGCCGCUACGUGACACAUAACACGACCCGUGUGCCGGCCCUGGACGAGAUGAUCGCGCUGCAGUGGGCAUGGCGCCUCCUGUACCACUGGAGUGGUGUCUCGGUGGACCGUUUCCAGACGGUGGACUCCGCCAUGCUAUCCUCCGGCACCCUCUACUUUGCGCCGCAGUCCUCUGAGACGGAUGGGCUCGUCGAGUCCUUCCGCAGGACCUCCGUUUUUUUCCCGUACGUCUACGGUGGCACCUUCGCGACAGUGGCGGAGGCGGAGGCGAGGGUGCAGAACCGCACCUGGCGCGACCCGCCCAUCUGGGGCAUCGUUGAAGUGAGCAACUUGACGGCGGACAACUUCAACGUGGCCAUUCGCCUGAACUCCACGGCGCUGCCACCAACGAAAUGGAUAUUGGCACGCUACUACGUUGGUGGCGUGGCGAUGCAGGGGCCGGCCAUGUACAUCCUCUCCGGCUUCACAACGCUGCAGCAGGCGGUGUACAACUUCUUCCUGGGAGAUGUGGUCCGUACGGCAAGCACGCCGCAAAUGGUGGUGCUGAUGCUUCCCGCGCCGACACGCGGCUACGAGGAUGAUCCGUUUGUCGCUUACGGCGGGCGGUUUGUGCCCCUUAUCCUCGUGCUCGGCUUCCUGUACCCGGUGUCGCAGCUGACAAAGCGUAUUGUGCUGGAGAAGGAGCUGCGCUUGCGGGAGGCGAUGCUGAUCAUGGGGCUGUCUGAGGUGGUCAUGUACACGGCGUGGUUCUUGAUCUACGUGGUGCAGUACGCGGCCGUCUCGCUCAUCAUGGCGAUUCUGCUGCGGGCAGCGUACUUGGCGAAGUCGAACUUCGGCAUUGUCUUUUUCCUGCUCUUCGUUUUCUCACUUUCCAUCAUCACGUUGUCGGGGCUCAUGGCGGUGUUCUUCAACAGGGCGCGCCUGUCGGCGAUCCUGGCGCCGCUGAUUUACUUCGCCUUGGCGGCCCCGCUCUUUACGGUGCAGAACUUGCAGGGCCCCGCGCUGAUUGGCCUCUCUUUUCUCUCGCCAUCCGGCCUCGCUGUCGGCGUUACGAUCCUCUUCUCGCACGAGCUGAGCGGCGGCAUGGCGGGCUCCGACUUGACCUACUUCCGCGACUCGCCGAAAAUGCUUACGGUGAUGAUCAUCUUGUUUGUGGACUUCCUCAUCUACUUGGCGCUGAUGCUGUACCUGGACGCGGUCAUGCCGAAGCAGUGGGGUACGCGCAAGCACCCGCUCUUCUUCAUCGAGCCGGUGCGGUGGUGCUGCGGGUCGAGGGCGCGCGCGCUGGAUGGCGGUGCCGACGGGCGCGCCGAGGAUGGUGUGUUCGAGGAGAUUGCAGAAGGCGGCGCCGACUACGCGGUUUGCAUCAACGGGCUGCGCAAGGAGUACUCGCGCGGCGGCAAGACGUUCGUUGCGGUGAACAACCUGUACUGGGGGAUGCACGAGGGCGAGAUCUCUGUGCUGCUGGGGCACAACGGCGCCGGCAAGACGACGUUGCUGAACAUGAUGACGGGGAUGGUGGAGCCGGACGCGGGCGACUGCUACGUCUACGGCUACUCUGUCCGAAACGAGCUAGAGAGGGUGCGGCAGCAGAUCGGGUACUGCCCGCAGCACAACAUCCUGUGGCCGAACAUGACGUGCUACGAGCACCUUUGGUACUACGCUGCGUUGAAGGGCUUGCGGGGUGCUGCCCAGGAGGAGGCGAUCUCGCGCAUGCUCGCCGGCGUCGGCCUGCAGGAUAAGCGCGAUUACUGCUCAAAGAUGCUGUCGGGUGGGCAGAAGCGGAAGCUGUCGGUUGCGGUUGCGUUUGUUGGCGGCAGCCGUCUUGUGUUCCUCGACGAGCCGACUGCCGGGAUGGAUGUUGGCGCGCGGCGACACACGUGGACCCUGCUGCGUGCCAUGGCCAAGUACCACACCAUCCUUCUGACCACGCACUUCAUGGACGAGGCGGAUCUGCUGGGCGAUUCCGUUGCCAUCAUGAGCCAGGGCCGCCUGCAGUGCGCGGGCAGCAACAUGUUCCUGAAGGCCAGGCUCGGGGUUGGCUACGUGCUCACCCUCUCCGUCGUUGCCCAUGUUGAUCGGAUGACCAUUGCCGGCAUGGUGAGGGAGCACGUGCCGUCAGCGACGCGGCUCGGGUCCGGCGCGGGGGAGAUGGCCUUCCGGCUUCCCAUGAAGACCAAGGCAGCGUUCCCCACCCUGCUCGCCGAGAUCGAGAGCCGCGGCUCGCAGCUUGGCGUCAACGCCUACAGUGUCUCUGCCACGACGCUGGAGGAGAUUUUCAUUCAAAUUGCGCAGCAGGAGGAGGCCAAGGAGGAGAUGGAGCGGAAGCGGGAGCGUUUGACGGCGCCGUUCGCCGGGGAGACACGGGUGUGUGACUCGGCGUCUGUGGGCCCCUUUGAAAGCCACAUGAGCGCGCUGGGCGACAUCGGCACUGUGGAUGCUGGCUACCAGGGACCACCGCGGCCGUCGGAUGUGUGGAAUGUCGGCCUCAUUGCGAAUGAGCUCAGUGUCCUGCACAGCCAGUUCAAGGCAAUGCUGUGGAAGCGGCUCUGGAACGCCUUGCGCGACCGCCGGACGCAAUUCUUCCAGAUUGUGUGCCCGAUGCUCUGUGUGCUGCUCGCAAUGCUGCUCAUGCUCAUCAAGUUAUUCCGGUACCCAGCCAUCACGCUCUCCAGCGACCUAUACGGCACAACGGUCGAGAUCGACGUGGCUGGAUGCGGGUCGGGGAUGAACUUGAGCAUACCGUUCUCGUCGAAAGCCGUUACGGUGCAGCCGCCAUCCGCGACGUCCACGGCGACGCUUUCCUCCUACAUGCUGGAAACGUACAACACUCACGUCGCGGAGCGGUACACCGGCAUGGUGUGCUUCGAAGCGGUGAAGUUUCCGAUGACGUUCAGGACGUUUAAUAGGUCAGUGUCGUCCGUGAUCUACAACACCUCGGGCCUGCACUCCAACGUGAUUGGGCUCUACAAUCUCUACAACGGCUACUACAUGGCGCACCGCGGCAAUAACGCCAGUGUGAUGACCACCGUCGUCCAAGCGAUUCCCAAGACGAAGACCGAGGUCGAAGUCCAGGACUCCAUCUACGCCCUUAUCAUCUCCAUCGUCAUCAUGAUCCCGUUCACGUUCAUUCCGUCCACGUUCGUGUCGUGGAUUGUCAAGGAGCGGGAGUGCAAGGCGCGACAUCUGCAGAACGUGUCGGGGCUCUACUUCUCCGUCUACUGGAUCACAAACUUCUUGUUUGACAUCUGCUGCUACGUGGUCACGAUGCUCCUCAUCCUCAUCGUCUUCGCUAUCUUCAGCCGCGAUGAGUACAUUGGCGAGAGGGCUGUCGGUGCCACCAUCGUGCUGUUCCUCCUCUACGGCCUCUCCGGCGUGGCCAUGGCGUACGCUGUGAGCUUCCUGUUCAAGGAGCACUCCACAGCUCAGAACGUCGUCAUGCUCGCCAACUUUAUCACCGGCUUCCUGCUGGUUAUCUGCGUCUCGAUGCUGUCUGUGUUCGAGUCGACAAAGAAGGUGGCUAAAGUCCUACCGUGGAUCUUCCGCAUUGUGCCGAGCUUCUGCGUCGGCGAAGGCAUCGGCAACCUCGCGGCACUGAAGUUAGAGGAGCCGUUCGGUACAACAAAGACACCGUGGUCCAUGUCCGUGGUAGGCUGGCCGUGCGUGUACAUGGCGGUCGGGUUGCCUUUGUACGUCUUUGUCACCCUCUUCUUAGAUCACCCCGGACGGCGGCAGCGGACGCAGCGGCUCUUCUACAACUCCAACGCGGAGCCGGAGGUUGUCCAGAACGAAGACGAGGACGUCGCGGCCGAGCGCAGAAGCGUGCUCGAGAGUGAGGCGCGGCAGAGAGACCUCGUACGCGUCGAGAACCUGAGCAAGGUGUACUCAAAUGGCAAGGUGGCGGUGCGCAACAUCACCUUCGGCGUCCGCCCCGGCGAGGUCUUCGGCUUCCUCGGCACGAACGGUGCUGGUAAGACGACGACGAUUUCGAUACUUUGCCAGGAGAUUCACCCGACAGCUGGCCGCGCGUCCAUCUGCGGCAACGACAUCGUGAUGGAGAGCCGAGAAGCGCUGCGGUGCAUCGGGUACUGCCCGCAGUUCGACGCAUGCCUGGACCUGCUGACGGUGGAAGAGCACCUGGAGCUGUACGCGGGCGUGCGGGCCAUCUCGUACAACUGUCGCAAGCGCGUGGUGGAGGGGCUACUGGCCUUGUGCGAGCUGACGAACUACAAGCAGAU